AUGCAGCCUCAAUCCUACAUUGAUUUGAGUUCGAAUCAUUUCAGUGGUCCCAUACCCUGCAUAUUGAAUGGAGCCACAGUACUUGAUCUCUCCAUCAAUCAAUUUUCUGGGCCAAUCCCACCCAAUUUUACAUCCGCGAUGCAGUAUUUAGAAUUCUUUUCUGCCAAAGGUAACCAAAUCAGUGGCACGAUUCCCUCAUCCAUAGAAGGAAUGAAUUCCUUGACUGCACUUGACCUUUCUCGAAACAAUAUUGGUGGUAUCAUUCCAUUGAGCUUGGGUAAUUGUGUAGCCCUUGAGGCAGUUGAUUUGAGCAACAAUAGGUUAUCAGGAGAAAUACCCAGGUCCCUGGGUCAGUUGCGUCGACUCCGAACAAUGCACUUGAGCAACAAUAGCCUAUCAGGAAAAAUCCCUUUUUCCCUGAAGAAAUCUGCUGGUUUGGAGACUAUAGACCUUGGAUACAACAAUUUCUCGGGUCGUAUUCCCACUUGGAUUAGCAAAAGCUUUCCAACUUUAAGAAUUUUGCGCUUACGAUCCAAUAUGUUUACUGGCAACAUCCCACCACAAUUAUUAAACCUAACUUCUCUUCAAGUCCUUGAUGUGGCACAAAAUUGUUUAUCUAGUUUAAUUCCCCAAAGUUUUGAAAAUCUCUUGGCGAUGAAGAAUGAGCAGAAGAUAAACCAUGUUCUUUCCUACGGAGGGGCGGGAUCAUCAUAUUAUAAUGAAAACUUGCCUAUGGCAGUGAAGGGGCAAAUGCUUGAAUACACAAGAACAAUUUCGGGAUCAUCAUAUUACAAGGAAAACUUGCCUGUGUCAGUGAAGGGGCAAAAGCUUGAAUACACGAGAACAAUUUCGCUAGUUACAUGUAUUGACCUUUCAAGAAAUAACUUAUCUGGAAAGAUCCCUGAAGGACUCACAGGACUUUUGGGAUUGCGUGCUUUAAACUUAUCUGGAAAUCAUUUGACCGGAAAGAUCCCAGACAAGAUUGGUAAAUUAGCAUUGCUCGAGUCUCUUGAUUUCUCUGAAAAUCAGAUUUCAGGUACAAUUCCUCUAAGCAUGUCAAAUUUAACUUUUCUAAGUUGCUUGAACUUGUCAUUUAACAACUUGUGGGGAAAAAUUACAUCUGGAAAUCAGCUCCAGACAUUCCAAGAUCCUUCUAUUUAUAUGGGCAACAAGGGACUUUGUGGACCUCCUCUUCUAGAUAAGUGUGUUAGCGAUGAGACUCCUCCAAGUCCUCCUGGUAACAUUGAAAAAGAUGAAGAAGAGGAUGAGAUGUGUUGGUUUUACUCUGGGCUGGGACCAGGAUUUGUAGUUGGGUUUUGGGCCUUAUGUGGUGUUUUAGUGCUCAAGAGGUCUUGGAGGAUUGUCUAUUACUGCUUCUUUGAUGAGAUGAAAGAUAGACUCUUUUAG